UUUUCCUCCCGACGCGUCAGUGAAGAUUCUUGGAUAAUAAAUCCUUUUCUUUUCUUCAUCCCAAUUUCCAAAACAACAGUCGUCCUACAGUCACCUCUUUUCUUUCACCCACCUGAAAAUCCACACAACCCACCUUUUUAAACACCCAAAAACUCCCUUAUUAGUUAGAAAUAAGAAUUAACAGUAUGUAUGAAUUUGGGGAAGAGCUAAUAAUUGAGAACUACAAAGUGCCAUGGUUAAUUUGGAUUCAGUUAGUGGUGAUGAUUCUUCUUGUUUUGCUUCUAUUCUUUGGGUUCAGUAUUUUAGAUCUUCCUAACAACUCAAAUUCUAGUGCUUCUUCUUCUUCUUCUACAUCUCAAGGUCCUACUGGUUCUUCCCCAAAUUGCAACUCAACUGCCACCCUUCAGAAUCGGAACCAAAACGAAAAUAUUAAAAGGGGAACUGAAGCUAGCACAAGCCGUGAAAUCGCAAGGGCAGAUGAAUCCCAGGAAAGAGUUGGAUCUGCAGAAAAGGAGGAUGCAACCAUUUUCAAACUUUUUGUACGUCCGCAGCACCCUUGCAAUUACUUUGGACUAGCAAAACAAGCGUUUCUCAAGUGCUUGGGCUUUGAUUCGGAUCGUGAUAAUUGUAACACCAGAAGACAUGCUAAAGAAGAUUAAUGGAAAAUGCUGCAAUAUUUUAGUUCCUUGAGACAGAAGUGUCUGCCUUUGUACAAAGAUCAAGGUCUUGAAAAGAGUAGCUGCUAGCCAUUUUAAAAGUGUAUUUGGUUGGAUGCCUUGAGAUUUUGUAAAUCACAUGAUCCUUUUAAGGACAGGUGUAGUUUAACCCGCAAGAUGUUUGUUAACAUUUAGUAGCUCUUAUUUAACCCUUCAAUAAUUGUCUUGUAAUAUGUAUCUUACCCUGUAUAUAACGGCUUUAUAUUGAGCUCACCUAAUGACUUCUUGCCUUGUCAUAAUUAGAACUUGCAAUUGCUAUUCACAUUA